ACAAAGGAAAGUAUGCAGACAGCUUCGAACAUAUCUUCAGCAGAAAUUUAGUUUCUCAAUCGAUCUUGAUCCGAUUCGUCAAUCUCCCACGAAUCUCCGUAACCAAUAGGGAGGUGUUUUAUCCGAUCGGAAUUGGUAUAAGGAGACUGCUGAUUGGCCGGUGCCGCUUCCGGCUAAUGAAAUUUUGCGGCUUGACGUGCUCAGAGUUAUCAAAGGGCAAGAAAGUGAUCAGUAAUGCUUACGGAGACAUUUAAUGAGAACACAAAUGACAAGCAUGUAAAAGGAUCUUCAGAAACUCCCCAUGGAAAAGGAUCCGGUAAUCUUUCUGAUUUAAAUUACGAGGCAUGUGAUGGGCGUGAGAGCAGUGUGGAUUCAGAAGAGCUAAUUGGUGUUGAGGUUGGAGGUGAAAGAGAAAACCCAGGAAUAUCAAGAAGUGUUAACAAUGAUUACUCAAAAACAGAUACCAACGGCACUAAAACCAAAUUGGUUGCAGAUGAAACCUCAAGUUCUUCCUUUUCGUUGGAAAUAUCAUCAAAUGAUUUCUUCCAAGCUAGAAAAGUUAACUUUGGCAAAUCUUCGGCAUCAGAAUCUGCAUCAAAAGGUGUACAGAUAGAUGCAUCUCAUGGGACCUCUAAAAGCAUUGGAGGUGACAGAGGUAACCCAGAAAUAUCAAGAAAUGAUAACAAUGGUUACUUGAUAAUGGAUACCGACGGCACUAAAAGCAUAUUGUUUCCUGAUGGAAAAUCAAGUUCCUCCUCCUCAUCAGAAUCAGCAUCAAAUGAUUCCUUACAAGCUAGAAAAGUUAACUUGGUCAAAUGGUCAGCAUCUGAAUCUGCUUUGAAAGAUGAAGAUAGUGUUGUCUCUCAUGGGAGGUCUAAAAGCACUGGAGGUGAAAGAAAAAACUUUGAAAUAUCAAGAAGUGGCAACAAUGAUUACUUAAAAACAGAUCCCAAUGACACUAAAAGCAUAUUGGUUCCAGAUGAAGCAUCGAGUUUUUCCUCUUCAUCAGAAUCAUCAUCAAAUGAUUUCUUCCAAACUAGAAAAAGUACCUUUGCUGAAUCUUCAUCAUCUAAAUUUGCAUCAAAAGAUGAAGAAAGUGAUGUCUCUCAUCAGAGCUCUAUCAAUUCUGAACCUGACAAGGACUUCACAGUUCGUGCAUCAACAUCUCCAAGUUACAAUUUGAACCGUAGUCAUGUGAGCAUGUCCCCAACUAUUGCCCCCCCUGUCCAAGUGAUGGAUCGAUCAUCAGGACAUGAUUCCUACAGGAUUCCAUCUUCAGUUUUUGCAAUCAAUACAAAUCCUAUGGAUUGGACCAAUGAUUCUGAUGAGUCAUUGUUUAGCAUUCAACUAGGGAACCAUAGUCUUGCCAGAGAUCAUUUGUUUACAGCCCCUGAAUUGCGCAAGUCUGUUGAAGUGACUAAAUCUGGUGAGUUGAAUAUGUUUAGCCCACAGCCUUCGGUUCUAAUAGAGGACAGAGACACCUGCAGAAAGAGCGUUGAGAUAGAGGGCUCACAAACAACUGAAAUGUCAGAUGAAGAUUUCGAGUUAGAAAGAAGCCUUGAUAAAAACAAAAACAAGAUAAAGAAUUCACAUCCAGCCGUAAGUUACAACUCCCAUGGCAAUGGAAUCGGAGCGCAGUCCUCUGCUCUACCAAUUUUAUCAGAAGUGAAAUAUCAUAAUUCUGUGAAGACAGAUAGUCCUCAAGUGACUUCAGAUUCAACUUCAAAUUGUUGCAAUUUGUGCCAGUGCUUCUCUUGGCUUUGUUGUACUCGUUGUUGUUCACAUACUGAUAGUCCUCGUCAGCUAUCUUAUGAUAAAGCCUCUGAAAAGACUUCCAGCUCAACUUCAAGUUGUUGCAGUUGCUUCAAAUGUUGCUCUUGGUCUUGCUGUUCAUGGGGCAAAUGUUCGAGUUUACUGACAUACAGUCCUCCACAGCGAUCUUAUGAAGACUCUGAAAAGAAUUCCAGCUCAACUUCCCAUUGUUGCAUUUGGUUCCAAUGUUUCUCUGGGUCUUGCUUUUGCUGCUGCCGUUCAGAGACAGAUAAUACUCGACACCAAUCUCUUGAUAAAGCCUCUGAAAAGACAUCCAGCUCAACUUCCAAUUGUUUCCACUGUUGCUCUUGGUCUUGCUGUUCCGGAGAAAAUUGUUGUUCACAGACAGAUAGUCCUAGACACCAAUCAUUUGAUAAAACCCCUGAGAAAACUUCGUCGGGCAAAUUUUGUUGUUGCUGUUGUUGAGGGACUGACUUUCAUAGACUUCAUACACGUUUUUGGUUUAGUUACCGUCUUCAGGUAUUUAGGUUUGAUCAGAUUCCAUUUCCCAUACCCAUAGGAUUCAUCUCUAGAUUGUGUAAUCAAAAGAGAAUCCUGGGUGUCACCUGCGUUUUAGAAACUACCUUUUCUUCCUCGUCUUUUAAUUGCUACUUUCUUGCUGUUCUGAAGAGGAAAUGGAGAUGAUGAUGAUGAUUUCUUUCGGACCCUGAUCUCCAUUCGCCACAAGGAACUGUGAAUGAUAUUUCUUGUAGAGAUGCAAGUAGAACUAAAUUUGUAAAAAAAAAUUUCUGAAGUUUUCAGAUCCUUUUACUUCUCAUUGUAAAAUUACUGUAGAUUAACAAAAGACAACUGAUUUUAUGUGAGAACUCUCAAUUCAUUGUUACUUCA